CAAAAAACGUUCUGCUGCAACAGAAGAGCGAGUGGUAGGUUUCUGGAGGCCACGUUGGACUUUAUCAACCUCCAGCUAGAACCUCCUGUUUCUCUGUUUCUUCAGCCUUCUGUACAGGUGCUGUCUGCAGAGGUCUAGUCCAUUGGCUGUUAGAGGCAUACCUCACAGAACAUCCUCCUUCAUGCAAAGAAAAAGCAUGGAAAUCCUGCGCUACUUUUCUCAGGUCCCCAAGGAGCAGAAUGAUCCCAUAAUUUCUCAAAGGAAAAUGGAAUGUAGAAAAAGACCAAAGGAGGUGAGCAAAAACCAGGACCAAAGAUCACACAGGGAUCGACAAGCUCCACGAGUUCAGAACUCUUUCCAAAAUACAACAAUUACCAUCACCUUUGGUGUAAACCAUGCAGUCAGUGAGGUAGCAGAUAAGGGGUCACGUAGCAUAUAUGAGGCCCUGAACACCCUUGACCUUGUCAAAAGAGAGAUAGAAAAACAGGAAGGCAAAGAAAUGCUGGUGUGUGGCAAAGAAGGAAUAGAAGGGUACAUAAACCUCGGUAUGCCCCUCCGUUGUUUUCCACAAGGCAGCCAUGUGGUCAUUACAUUUUCCCAAACUGAAAGUGAGGAGAAAGAAGACAAUGAAGUGUGUGGCCGCUUUGACCAGUCAUCUGUUGAGUGUGUUGUAUUUUACAUUCAUGCUGUCGGGAAUGGGGAGCAAAGGAUUUUGAGGUGCAGAGAACUUCACGAGGAGGGCACCAAACUCUGUGUCUAUGGCUUCAAGGGUGAGACCAUCAAGACCACUCUGCGGAAGGAUGGCAGGUUUCUCUCUUUUGUAGAGAGUGACCAUUGGAAACUUAUUACCAAUGACACCAUCGUAGCAAACAGCCAGCCAGUUGAUGUCUUAGAGGGUAAGCUCUUUCAGAUUGAUGUUGAGAGAAAGAAGAGCCCUUGGAAGGCAGUGGCAACUCAGAAAUCUGAGUUAGAGGACAGAAACGUCACUAUAUUAAAAGAAUACAUUGUGAAUUUGUACCCCACAUUAAAAAGAGAACGGGAAGAACUGAGAACAUACAUCAAGGAAGAGAGUGAGAAAAGAGAGAACACUUCCUUACUCAAAGCACAUAGAGAAAACUUCAGGAAGCUGACCCAAAGCUCCAUUCCAGGUAAAGUCCUCAAACUUCUUUCCCAGCUCAGUGACUCAGUUGGGUUCAUAGUUUGGAACAACAAUGGAAACAGGGGUAGUGCUACUUGCUUCCUUUUUAAAGGGCUGUACAUUUUCACUUGCCGACAUGUAAUAGAUGACGUAGUAGGGGAAGGCAUAGAGCCAAGUAAGUGGGCAGAUAUAAUUGGGCAGUGUAUAAGAGUGACGUUUGAUUUUCAAGUGUUCCCUGUCAAAGAAGACAGCUAUCAUUUUGUUGAACCUUGGUUUGAGGUGUCUGAUGUCACUCUUGACUAUGCUGUCCUGAAACUGAAGGAAAGAGGACAGCACAUCCCUACAGGACUCGGUAAUGGAACACCUUCUGAAUCACUUAGUGGAUUUCUGUUUAUGAUUGGUCAUCCAGAUGGAAAAUAUAAGGUUGUUGAUGGUUGUACUGUGAUGCCUGAAGGCAAGCAAAGAAGGGAAUGUGAGGAUAUUCGUGGAAGAGAAGCAGUGGGUAGCAGGAAUCCUAUGCAGUAUAUCUAUAUGUACACCCAAAGAAGUUUCCAGGAAAAAGUCCAUGAACCUGGUGUGGUUGCCUGGGAUAACACUUUUUAUUGUGGGUCUUCGGGAUCUCCUGUAUUCGAUUCUAAAGGGUCACUGAUAGCCAUGCACACUGCUGGCUUCAUUUGUGAGUAUGAAAGUGGGGUUUCCAGUAUCGUCGAGUUGGGAUCUUCAAUGAAACACAUCCUUGAUGAUAUUAAGCAAAAACAUGAAAAAUGGUACAAUGAAAUCUGUGUUUUCAACAGGAUGUAGAAAUACUGAGUCUGAGAAUUCCAUUUCCUAUUUGGUGUAGGAAGUCCUACAGCCAGUGGUUACCUGCCCAGUGGGGCAUUGCCUCCUGUGCUAUCUAAACCAAUGUAGAGGAUGCCUCUGCUCCCUUUUUCUGGCUGUUGGGUUUGGUUUCUGUUCUCCUUUCAAGCAGAGAAUUCUAAUUAGUGAGUCUACCCCUAAGUAGAUAAGCAUCUAUUUCUGAAUUCUGAGCUAGUGUGGAAUUUUUUUUUAAGCAUCCUUCUUUACCUAUUGUUAAAGCAGUUGCCUCUGCAUUGUUUUUGUGUAGGCAAUGAUUAAUAUAUUUUUUGGACUUUUAGAUGGCGAUUUUUCUUUCAUGAACAAUUGAUGUUUUAGUCUAUGUCCUAUAUAUACCAUGCAUUUUUGAUUGUAAAUAAUUUUUCGUUGUAUUCUGAUCACAGUUUCUCCUCCCUCAACCCCCC